GUUUUCUUCACCAGUUUUUGACCGCGAUCGAGAGACUAUAUUUAAAGCUGCACUGAAAUUAUCUUAUAGUCAUAAAGAGUAAAGCCUGUGAAUUCUGAUAGUAAAAUGAGUGCGGAUUCAAAAAUAAGUAUGGAAGAUCCAUCCGAAUUUCGUCCAGAAUUUAAGGAUAAAACCGAAUUCCGCGAUUUCAACAUACAUACGGUUCCUGAUCGAGUUAAAAAGGUUUACCAAGCCAUGCAUAAGAACCAGACACUUCAGUUUGUGAAGGAUAAAAUGGAAAAAUGGUGUAAAUUUGACCACGCCGAAAUGUCCGUGUUGGAGGCAUUAGAGACAUUGAGCACAUUCUUGGACGAGUGUGACCCGGAUGUGGAUAUUCCGAAUGCGAUGCACGGGUUUCAGACUGCUGAAGGUAUACGGAAGGCACAUCCCGACAAGGAAUGGUUCCAGGUGGCAGGACUGAUCCAUGAUAUUGGAAAGCUGAUGGCAGUGUGGGGUGAACCACAGUGGUGCGUUGUCGGCGACACAUUUCCGGUCGGCUGUGCUCCAAGCAAGCACAUUGUGUUUGACGCUAAAUUUUUUGCAGAUAAUCCUGACAUGAAGGAUGAAAAAUUAAACACCAAGUUUGGUAUUUACACAGAAAAUUGUGGCCUUGAAAACGUUUUAAUGAGUUGGGGUCAUGAUGAGUACUUGUAUCAGGUGCUAAAGGCCAACACGUGCCACCUUCCGGAUGAGGCACUAUAUGCCAUCAGGUUUCAUUCUUUCUAUCCCUGGCAUAUGAGUGGAGACUACAACUAUCUGUGUAACAACAAGGACAUGGAAAUGCUUCCCUGGGUCAAAGAAUUCAACAAGUUUGACCUGUACACUAAGUGCCCAGAUAUUCCUGACAUCGACUCACUCAUCCCGUACUACAGCGACCUAGUAGAGAAGUAUGUUCCUGGGAAAUUGAAGUGGUAGACGAAUACGUUAGUAUCCGACAGAGUGUUCAUUGUAAAUAAGUUUUUUGGUAUUGUUGUGGAAUGUUUGAAUAUGCGUACACAGAUGUAAUAAGAGAAAAGUUAAGAUUUUAAUAUCGGUUUGUUUUCGUCAUUGAAAUAGAUAUCAACUUAGAAAAAUUGAAUUUUCAUAUCAUGUACCAAUAAAUCAGCAA